AAAAUCCCCUUUCUUCGCCAUGAAUUACACACACAGAGAGUGUGUGAAAAAGGUGAUGGACAGCCAUGGUUCCUCUUUCUCGAGCUUUAACUCCUACUUCCAUGCUCUUUCCGACGUCCCUCGCCGCUUCAUCCGCCGCGCUGGAUGUGUCUCCACCACCUUCGAGGAAACCAGCCGAAUCCGCUCCCGAUCUGGUGCUGAUAUGCGGAAGAACCUCCGUUGGUACGAUCUCAUCUGCUUCGGCAUUGGAGGUAUGGUAGGCGCCGGAGUUUUUGUCACUAGUGGUACCGCUAGCCACGACAAGGCUGGUCCCGCCGUUAUAUUAUCGUACGCCAUUGCAGGCCUCUGCGCACUGCUCUCCGCCUUCUGUUACACCGAGUUCGCCGUUCACAUGCCGGUUGCCGGCGGUGCAUUCAGCUACAUCCGCGUCACUUUUGGCGAGUUUACCGCGUUUUUGGUUGGAGCUAAUCUGGUAAUGGAUUACGUUUUAUCAAACGCUGCGGCAGCGAGAAGUUUCACUACCUAUCUCGGAACAGCCAUUGGUGUUUCUGCAGAAUCGAAAUGGAGAAUAACCGUUUCCUCUCUUCCAAAAGGUUUCAAUCAGAUCGACAUCAUCGCCGUCCUCAUCAUCUUAAUUCUCACUGUCAUAAUCUGUUACAGCACGAGAGAAAGCUCUGUAUUGAACAUGAUUUUGACAGCGGUUCACAUUCUGUUCAUAAUAUUUGUGAUCAUGAUGGGGUUUUGGAAAGGAGACACGAAGAACUUCACGGAGGCAUCGGAUCCGAAUCAUCCGAGCGGGUUCUUUCCCUUCGGAGCUCCAGGGGUGUUCAAUGGAGCUGCUCUGGUUUACGUCAGCUACAUAGGAUACGACGCCGUGUCGACGCUGGCGGAGGAGGUUAAAAAUCCGAUUACCGAUAUCCCUAUUGGGGUUUCAGGCUCCGUUAUCCUCGUUACCAUUCUCUACUGUUUGAUGGCCGCUUCAAUGUCCAUGCUCCUUCCCUACGAUCUGAUAAAUCCAGAAUCACCAUUCACAGGGGCAUUUAUGGGAAAUUCAAACGGAUUUAACUGGGUUUCCAAUGUUAUUGGAGUUGGGGCCAGUUUUGGGAUACUAACAUCGUUGUUGGUUGCAAUGUUGGGCCAAGCUCGUUACAUUUGUGUCAUAGGAAGGUCUGGUGUGGUCCCAAUUUGGUUUGCUAAGGUUCAUUCUAAAACGUCAACGCCAGUCAACGCUUCGGUAUUUUUAGGGAUUUUGACUGCGGCGAUAGCACUAUUCACCGAGCUACACGUCCUCCUCAACCUUGUCUCCAUCGGAACACUUUUUGUCUUCUUAAUGGUCUCAAACGCAGUCAUUUACAGACGAUACGUCUCACUGGGGACCACAGUCCCAUGGCCCACACUGUCGUUCUUGUUAAGCUUUUCAUUCACUUCCAUCAUGUUUACCCUGUUAUGGUGGUUCGCACCGCCCGGGAAACCCAAAGGGUUCAUGCUUGGUGCAUGUUCUAUAAUUGGAGUUGGAUUAAUACAGUUGUUUAGUUACAUGGUCCCACAAGCAAGAAAGCCUGAUUUUUGGGGGGUGCCGCUUAUGCCAUGGAUACCAUGUGUGUCGAUAUUUCUCAACAUAUUUCUGUUGGGAAAUAUUGACACAGCUUCUUAUAUUCGGUUUGGAUUUUUUUCAGCAGUUGUGGUGCUUGUAUAUGUUCUAUAUAGUGUCCAUGCUAGCUUUGAUGGUGAGGAAGAUGGGAUUGUUUGUCAAAAAAAUGUUGAAAUGGUGAAGGAAUCAAUUGACAUAGAGGAUCAAACUCUCAAAAUCCAAAGUUGACCUUUGACUUUUUUUUUACUUUUUUUUAAUUAUUAUUUUGUUGAUAGAGAGAUAUGAGGGGUAAGAAUAGAAUUAAAGUUGGUCAAGUUGUAUAGUGGGUUGCAUUGAUCCCUUUAUUGUGUGUUAUGUAGUCCAUCAACUUUUGAAGAUGGUUCACAUGACAAAAAGGAACAAUUUUUAGGUAAUUGUUUUUGGUCAAAACAUGACUACCCCUCAAAGUCAACUCUUUUUUGUGGCUUAAUUUCACAAAAGCUCAAUGAUUAAAGGA